UGAUUUUUGAAGCCAAAAGAGAGACUACAAGGAGAAAAUUAGGGCGAACAUAUAUAUUUUGGCAGACAUAUUGAACUGCUCUAAGUUUCACAAAUCUCAAAUCAGUCGCUGUUCCUUGAACCCACCAGUAGUAUAAGGGUAUAUCAAAAAUUGCAGUCAAAGUGAAUAUAUUUAAAGAAAUUCAAAUUUCUAACAAUUCAAUUAUUAACUAAAGUAAAACUGUAUAACUGGUUAUUUUCGCAAAAUCCGCGAAAUCCGCAAUGAACGAGCUCAAUAGUGUAAAUGUACAAAUACAUAAUUGUUUCCUUUGGCCUUUUUCAAGGUAGGCGUAAUUUCGAGUGAACAAUCAAACAGUAAAACAAAGUAAAUAUGCCGAGUUACUGUGUACACUUCGAAAUUCGGUUAUUCUGAUUUAUUCACAAACAGAGAUUGAAUUAAUUUGUGAUGCGGUGGAUCAUGAAAUUCGAAAUAUUGCAUAUCGACCAUAUUCAGUCUGAAUUUGACUAGAAACUAUAUGAAUGUUACCAACUCUUUUGCGCUGAUAUAUGGUACAUAUGUGUACAAGUAUAUAGCAGCAGACAUUAAUUACUUCAUACUUUCGAACCAAUACAAAGAUUUAAUGGCUUUGAAAGAUAUGAAUACUUCCAACUGGUGGAUUCUAUUCGGCGUUUUAGCACUCAUUCCAGGUUCGACGUUGAAUGUUAUCGAGAGAGCAACAGUGACGGCUGAGAAGACCGUGGCAACUGCUUCAAUACCGCUGGUAUCAAAAACACUCGUGCCAGCUAAUAUGGAAGUAAGCAUAGCAACAAACCCUUUGAAAACGUAUCGAAGAGCUAAAGACAUUUCUGCAUUGCAUUCGGAGGAGUCGACAAGAGUGCCGACACCAACGCGCCAACUAAAUUUGGAUAUAGUAGUUAAAACAAAGGCAUCAAUGACAUCAAAUGCAAUGAAACAGCAACGUAAAGAUGAAUUAUGUCUUCAAGGCGUUGAAGGAAACUUACAUAAAACUUCUGAGGAUGCCGAAUUUUUUAUUAUGCCUACAACACAACUAACUAUGGCAUCAAAAAAACUCAAAGCAUUCAAUAGAAGUUCAGAGCAAUCAAUAACGAAAGUUAAUGCGACAACAAAGUCGACAAAUUCUACCGAAACAGUUGAUAAGGUCACAGAAUCAACAACAGAAUUGACAUCAAAAACAAUAAUGACCAUAAGAAAUUCAUUGGUAUCCAAAAUUGAACCAAAUGUAGUUUCAUCCAAAGUGACAGCUGCUACGCAAGCGCUGUCAGCUCCAUCUCCAACGCAAACAGAGCUCAAAUUAUUUCCAGUUACUAGUAGAAAUAAAGAAUACGCAUAUAAUAAUCAUCAAAACGUGACUGAUAUCCGACAUCUCUACAGAGGUUACAAUAUUAACAAUAAAAAAUGUAAUUACAAUUACGAUUACAACAAAAAAUCAUUGGUUCGAAAAGUUGAUGACGACAACAGCAUUGUAGAUGAGCAUGACAUUAAACAUAUUUGUAGCACAUAUCAACAUAUACUACAGACACAACAGCGUCACAAGCCUCAGAGAAAAAGCAGACACAGCAAUGACUACCACUUAAAUAAUAACAAUAGCAAAUUAGUUAGUCUAGAGGCAUCAAACACUGCUGGCAAUAUGACGCUGAAACAGCAAACACAUUCGGUGAGGAAAAUACGUCAACAAAGCACUCGUCAAGUGAAGCAACAGCAAUUAAAUUUAACAACAAUUGCACCUAUUGGAGCAAUGAAAGUUGUGCCACAAACCGAAAACUAUUUGAUCGGCAAUGACACCGACUUUGAAGGAAUCGUAGUGUUUGCGAACCAAACAGCAAAAAAUAUAAAUAAUACAUUACGAAGUUCGAAUAUUCUACCGACGAUUUUGACAACCAGACCUUAUUCGGACACAACAAUGGAUGUAACAAUAGCAGUCGAUGAACCGGAAAUUGUACACACCACAACAAAAGAGCUUUCGUUUUCAACGGUAUCACUAACAACAACGAAGCCAACGACGAAGCGACCACCACCAACCACAACACCACAGCCCACUCCAUCAAUCGACGAUCACCAAACAGUGAUCAGUCAAGCAGGCACACAUGCCUUUCUCCCAUGUAAUGUGAAGCAGAUCCUGAGAAAACCGAUAUCCUGGUUACGAAUACGCGAUGGACACAUUUUAACAGUUGAUCAGAUGACUUUCAUUGCUGACCAGAGAUUCCAGCCAAUUUUCGCACCGAAUCCUGAUCGUUGGUCACUACAAAUCAAAUAUGUUCAACUUAAAGACGAAGGCACCUACGAAUGUCAAGUAUCUACAGAGCCAAAGUCGAGUGCCAUUGUCACAUUGCGGGUAGUUGAACCGAAAACGGAAUUGAUUGGUGAGCCUACACAACACGUCAAGGCUGGCAGUCGAGUAAAGCUGCGUUGCAUAAUUAGUCAGGCAUUGGACCCGCCAGUUUUUAUUAAUUGGUUCCAUAAUCAGAAGCAGAUUUUUUUGCAUAGCCGAAAGGGUUGGCGCACGGAAAUCGAACGCAACGUAUUGCCUAUACAGGGUUUCUCAACGACUGCGGAAACAACAACAACAACAACGGCUCAGGUUGAUAGUGCAACAACAACUACUCCGCCGAUAAAUGCUGCUGCAAACUCAAUAGCAACGUCCAAAACGCCAGUCUUGCUCUUGGCUACCAGCUUUGAAAAUGAAGGAAACAGCACACCGGUAGUCCAAACGACAGUCAGAGACGUAGAAUUGACAACAGUAACGCCUUCGACCCCGUUACCAUUUUCUCGAUUAGGUACAGACGUCGCGACAGAUUUAGCGGACAGCGACAAUAGCUUUGAUUUUGCCACUGGUAACUCUACUUUCUCCCCCCUCCCCACCGUGGCGGCGCCAGUGGAUACCGUGUCAGCCGAAGUGUCAACCAAAGUAAAGAUGACUCAUUGUCCGACAACUUCUUUAACAAUAACAACAACGAUAACAAUGUUGGCAGCAGUGAAAGUACGAGAAGUAACGACUGCAUCUUUAAUAAUACCAUCCGUGGGAAAAAAGGACUCCGGCAAUUACACCUGCAGCCCAUCUAACAGUGCUCCGAAAACAGUUGUCCUUCACGUGCUGAAUGGCGAGUACUCGGCAUCGGCGAUAACGUCUGGUGUUAAUGAUAAGAUUUGCAUUACCAAUCAAUCUAAGUGGCGAGGAACACUCUUAGCUCUGAUAUUUUGGCUUUGGCACUAAAAAUUCACUGCAUUUUUACGCUGUAGCGAAUUCUUUUAUCGAGCAGAAUGAUGGCUACGCUUGGACUUUAUUAACCAGCGUUCAAUAACGAAAACAGAGUAUAAGAGAUGUAUGCUCGACUUAUGGCAUAUUCACGGAGAGUAAUAUCGUAACAUAAAAUAUGUAUUUCGGUGAUAGUAAACGCAUAGUUAAAUUAAUAUUUAAUGGGUAUAUUUAUUAUUUAUUACAUGUGGAUACAAAAACAUCUUUUUCGCUUCUGAGGACUAUGAAUAAUAUUAAUAAUAAAAUUUAAUAAAUAAUUAAAUCUUAUAAACAUAUCUAAUAUAAAUCAGUAACAGCACUGAAAUGUCUUCCAACUUGGAAAUUGAUUUUUACUAAUCGCUAUUUGUUCUCUUUCAGAUUUCUAAAUAAUAAUUUGGGUUUUUCUAUUUUAUAUUGUAUAAUUUCGACUGAUUGUAAAUAUAUAAAGUCAUACGAUUCUCAUUGAAAUUGUAAAUAAAAUAUUGUCAUAUAAAAUAAGUUUAGACUGAGGUUUUAAAUAAUAUUAUAUUAGAAUUCAUAAUGUUAAAGCUAAUUUAUAAUACAAAACAUAUUAUAUAAAGUUAUGUUGUUCAUGAGAGCAAUUAAAUCGUUAAAAUAGUGAUAUUUAUAGUACAUUCACUCGUUUUGUCAAGCAGUAAGAAAAAACAUUUCCGUUUCUAAGUAUACGAUCAUAAUUAGAGUUGGUUAAGAGUAAACUAGGUCUAUUUGUUAUCUACAGUUACAGAUGUUAAAACGAAAACACAAAUAUGUUUAUCUAUUUAACAUAAAACUAUAAAUAAAAGUUAGCUAAAGGGUAAACUGAAACGGACAAAUGCCCAUGCAACAUUAAAAUUUGUUUAAUUAAUGUUAACUAUAAAAAUAAAGCGUAUUCCCAAAAUAAAGCGUGGGAGAAGUUUGUUUAUAAA